AUGGCCAAGGCCAUUCUUUUUGCUGUUCUUAAAGUGCUGAUGGUCAUACUAUUUGCUGGUUGGAUUGCUCUUUGGCUUCUAAAGCCUACUAAUCUGUGGACAAGAAAAUGGAAAGGAGCUGAAGAUAGUGCUAGCCAUACAGUGUUUGGCUAUUAUGGUCUCAACUUUGCUGUAUACACAUUUCCUUUAAUUGCCCUGACCAUAAUUGGACUAGUUUACUUGAAUUUGGUUUCGAGGGAACCUCCACGAAGCAGACCAACAAGAAGUGCAACUAUUGGUUUCUCAAAUCCUGUGGUGGUAAACAGCUUUGUGGGAAUUUUAUCUAGCAUAGAGAUUCUAGCAGUGUUCCUCUUUUUCCUUCUCCUAGCUUGGACUUAUUAUGCCCGCAUCAGUCAUGACUUCAAAAAGUUGAUGCCGAUCAAAUCACUGAAGUUAGAUUUAUGGCAGCUCAAGUAUCUAAGAGUGGCAACCCGCUUCGGAUUGCUAGCAGAAAUCUGCCUGGCUUUGCUUCUUCUUCCUACUUUAAGGGGCCUUGCUUUAUUUCAGUUACUUGGCAUCCAGUUUGAAGCUUCAGUAAGAUACCAUAUAUGGCUUGGGACUUCAAUGAUAUUUUUUGCCGCUAUUCAUGGUGCAAGCACUUUGUUCAUCUGGGGUGUCAGCCACCAUAUUCAAGAUGAGAUGUGGAGAUGGCAGAAAACAGGACGGAUAUACCUGGCAGGGGAGAUAGCUCUUGUUACAGGACUAGUAAUCUGGAUCACAUCACUUCCUCCAAUACGGAGGAGAAGAUUUGAAAUGUUCUACUACACACACCAUCUGUACACAGUCUUCCUAAUAUUCUUCUUGUUCCAUGCUGGAGAUCGGCACUUCUACACUGUUUUCCCUGGGAUAUUUAUCUUUGGUCUUGACAAGCUACUUCGAAUCGUACAAUCAAGACCAGGAACUUGCGUUCUCUCAGCACGAAUAUUCCUAUUCCCCAGCAAAGCCAUAGAACUUACGCUGCCCAAGGAUCCGAGAUUGAAGUAUGCCCCAACAAGUGUUAUAUACAUGAAGAUACCAAGUAUUUCCAGGUUUCAGUGGCAUCCCUUCAGUAUAACUUCUAGCUCUAAUGUUGACGAUCACACGAUGUCUGUUGUAGUAAAAUGCAAUGAGGGCUGGACAAGUUCUCUCUAUGACAUGAUACAAGCAGAGUUAGAUUCUGAUACUGGUGCUAUGAGCUCUAUACCUUUGUCAAUUGAAGGCCCUUACGGACCUGCUUCACUGGAUUUCUCAAGGCAUGACAGUCUACUUCUGAUUGCUGGGGGAGCUGGGAUAACCCCGUUUCUCAGCAUUUUAAAAGAAAUUGCUUAUGUAAACAGCAGCAGAUACAGAUUCCCCACACGAAUUCUGCUCGUCUAUGUUGUGAAGAAAUCACAGGAUAUUUGCCUAUUAAACUCAGUUUCUUCUCAACUUCAGAACCAGCCAUCCACACAACCGUCUCUAAAGAUAGAAGUGUAUGUAACGCAAGAAGCGAGGUAUAACGCAACAGUGAGAGGAUUAAUGAACGACUUAUCUCUAGUGAGAACAGUCAACUUCAGCACCAAAUGCUCAAACUAUGCAGUACGUGGACUAGAAAGUUCAAUUUGGAUGGCUGCCAUGGCCGCAUUAUCCUCCAUUAAGUUCUUAGUUUCUCUUAUUUGCUUCAAUCACAUUUUUGUUCCAUCUGAAAAGAUGAGUGCUGCCUCAGAAAAGAUGGUUGUUCCCUCAGAUAAGAAGACCUCAAAAGAGAAGACUCCCUCCUCAGUUGUUGAUCUACUUCUCCUAGCUUCUUUCAUCAUAGCUCUAGCAUGCAACACUUUUGUAGCAAUCAUUUUGAGAUGGAAAAGACUCAAGAAAGAUAUCCCACCUGUGUCUUCAAAACAAGGUAAAGCCACAGAACAAAGUUCAGUGGAGAAAAGAAGCACUGUUGAGGAACAUGAAAUCCAUUUUGGAGGAAGGCCCAACUUUCAAGAUAUAUUCUCCAAGUUUCCAAAUGAAACUGGUGGAUCUGAUAUUGGAGUACUGGUGUGUGGACCGGAAAGUUUGAAGGAGUCAGUGGCAUCAUUAUGCCAGCUGAAGUCUCAAGGACUCAACAUUGGUGCAAAGGGAAAGAAACCAUACUUCAAUGAGGAUCAAAAAUCAUUAGACAGGGAAAAGGUUCAGGGCUACUUGUCUGCAUAA